UUAAUGUGACAUAUUCCUAGGUGUUUUAGGCAGUACUGAAGAAACUUGCAGUAGUUUGUUUUUGAAUCGCUGUGCAAUUUUCAGAGGACCCUACUAGAUGGCUAUAGUUUUUUGUUCAGAGCCUUGAUUCGUCUGCUUUUACUACAUGCCAAGGCCUCUUAUUGAGAGUGUAGUAGUUUUUAUGUAUAUUUCGACGUAGCGGCUGAAACUUUUUUGCUCUUCAUCUCGGCUGAAACAAGUCUGGCGACUGGUCUCAGUCCAGUCGCGGAUUGUGAACGAAAAGAAUUUCCAAAUUUGAUUUGUGUGGAUAAAAAGCUCGUGUGUGUCAUUUGAACAAGAGAAAGGAUUUUUGAGAUCAAGUUCGUGUGGAAGUUACUAUAACAGCAAAUUUUCCUUCUUCGAUUUUCCAGUUUAAGCAGUUUAGCGACACUAGAAACAAAUUUUCGUUCUAAGUAGUACCAGGAAGAAAAACUAGAAAUGAGCUGGCAGGAUUACGUUGACAAUCAGCUCCUGGCUUCCCAGUGCGUAUCGAAAGCGGCCAUCGCCGGUCACGACGGUGGCGUAUGGGCUAAAUCGGAAGGAUUUGAAGUAUCAAAAGAAGAACUGGCGAAAAUAGUGCAAGGUUUCGACAAAACUGAACUGCUCACCUCAGGAGGCGUGACACUGGCCGGCCAGCGUUACAUCUAUUUAUCCGGUACCGAUCGAGUGAUCCGGGCCAAGCUAGGCAAGAUGGGAGUCCAUUGUAUGAAGACACAGCAGGCUGUUAUAGUAUCAAUUUACGAAGAGCCAGUGCAGCCUCAGCAAGCGGCAUCUAUAGUCGAAAAGCUUGGAGAUUAUCUGAUUACUUGUGGUUAUUAGAAGAGCCCACGGCGGCAGUGUGAGCGUAUAUCUCUUGUAUUUGUGUAAAAUCGUUUCCGUAUGAUAAGAAAAUGUAAUUUGUAUUAGCUCUUAAAAAUUCGUAAUGCAUCUCUCUUUGAAUUGGUGGUAGCAUCGAAGAAUAGAAAGAAGAUAUUGCAAUGAAUAGGAUGAAGAAUAAAAAAAUUAAAGAAGGAAACGUGACAACAAAAUUGAAAACUUGUAUGUAACAGGGGAACUCCUUUCACACUCUUCGAUGGCACACGAGAUGAAAUAAAGUCAUAGGAUAUGAGCAUGAGCAAUGUGGGUUGUAAUGUCGAAACAAGACGGACAAGAAAAUGUGUAAAAUUUAACACAAUGUGAAUGAUUAAGGUUUAAUCAUAGACCAUUUUUGGUGGCAAAAAGGAAGAAAUGAAACGCAUAACUUACUCUACUAUUAUUAUCAUCCGUAAUUGUAUUCAUUAUUCAGAGAAAACAGCUGAAAUACGAUGCAGAUUUCGAUCAUUGAUUUGCUGAACAAAACCGUUUUCUUUGUCGGACAGCAUAAACAAAAGCAUAAUAUGAGAUAAACAAGCAAAGCACUAUGAUAAGGAUAAUACAAUGAUAAUAAUAAAAAACCAGAAAGAAUAACAGCGAAAUCAUAAAGGAAAAAAACAAUGUGUGUGAUUUACUACUAAUUUAACAAUAAGGGAAAGAAGUGAAAAAUUAAAGAGUUUUAUGUCUCUUUAUUUUUUAUAAAUUAUUGUAGAUGUUUUGUGAUUAUAAUUUAUUUAUACUUUAUAAUCGAAAGAAACGUGCUAAUGGUUUGUAUUUUUCCCUAAAUUUCUUCCAUUCUUCAGAAAAAAAGCACUCAAUCAUCCCUAUUUUGUUUAUAUUCUAUCUUCUCAUUGAGCUACUUUUCAUGAAUGUCCUUUCAGUAAAAGAAAGAAAUAAAAAACAAACAGAAAACCA